AUGGAUGGGAUAUUUUGGUGCUCGGUUACUUUGGAGAAAGUGGAUGGGAUAUUUUGCUUGGUUAUUGUUUCUCAGUCUUUGAAAAUUUACUUUCUUGUUUCGAUAAAUCCUAUUUCUGUACGAUGUUUUCGUUACCGAUUUCUUACCGAUUUCGUUACCGGUUUUCAGAAAUUUUUAUGUGGCGGGAGAUUAAUCUUCGGUCCCGAUGCAUCAUCGCUCGUUUUAUCAACCUUCCUAAUAGGAGGUCCUGCAUUGACUUUCUGUAUCAAGACGUUUUCUAGGCUCUCGAAUGUCGACUUCUUAUACAGUCAAACUGUCCUAAUCGUCGGACUUGUCCUAACACUUUUGGAUUUGAUUUUUCUCUUCAUGACAUCUUCAAGAAAUCCCGGAAUAGUCCCUAGAAAUAAUCGGCCGCCAGAAUCCGACAGCGCGUCGAAUUCCACGUCAUCAAUGGAGUGGAUCAACGGUGCAACCCCCGACUUGAAAUUACCGAGGACAAAGGACGUUUUCGUAAAUGGCUACACAAUUAAAGUCAAAUAUUGCGACACUUGUUUGUUGUACCGGCCCCCACGCGCAUCUCAUUGCUCGAUAUGCAAUAAUUGUGUCCAAAGAUUUGAUCACCAUUGCCCUUGGGUGGGCCAGUGCAUCGGAGUCAGGAAUUAUCGGACUUUCAUCCUAUUUGUAACAACAUCGACAAUCUUGUGCAUGUACGUGUUUACGUUUUCACUAUUGCACCUUCUAGAAGAACCGGGGCACAUAUGGACGGUGAUGUCACACGAUGUCAUCUCGGUUAUUCUAAUAGCUUAUUGCUUCAUAGCCGUUUGGUUCGUCGGUGGGCUUAGUGUCUUCCAUUUCUAUCUCAUGAGCACAAAUCAGACGACGUACGAGAAUUUCCGGUACCGAUACGAUAAGAAGGAGAAUCCGUACAAUCGGGGGAUGAUAAAAAAUAUCAAGGAAGUGUUUUUCUCUAAUACGGUACCUUCUUUGGUGAAUUUCCGUGAGUGGGUGACGGAAGAAGACGAUGACUUCGCAUUGGAAUCGAUAAGCAAGAAAUUCGGGGGUGACAUCAUCAAAUCGAGCAUGAAGGUGGAUUUGGAACUCGGUCUGUUUGGCAAGGACGGUAAACCGAUUCCGGAAAUGCUGCAGAAUUUGGAUUACAAAGGAAUCGAAGACAGUUUGAAGAAGGACAGAGGUGGGAAAAUCGAUCCGCUUUUCUUAACGCCCGAUCAAGAAGAUAAAUAUGAAACGGGAGAUAGUGCCGUUGAUGAUUGUGGGUCCGACGAUGGGUCCCACAGAACAUCGUCGGUUGUUUUUCACAACCGACGAUGAUGACUCGGGCUUUAAAUUUGAUGAUUUUUGAGAAUUUGGUUAAGUGGAAAAGUUGACAUUGUGAAAAAAGGAACCAAGCUGUGAAUAUUUGAAUCUUGUAAAUUUAUCUCCUACUUUUUUCUUUUUAUUUGGUUUCUUUUUGGCAAAAAAAAUAAAAAAUUAAUAAUUGCAUUAAUAUAUUAAUAUAGCUUUGGGUAAUCAAUUUAAUACAUUCAUCAAUACAAAUGAUCAAUCUAUUAUAAGUGGAAAUAGUACAAAUUGGAUCAGAAUUAGCAUUUUCGGGAAAAUUCUAAUUAUUUCCAAAAGUUUUCAAAAAAUUAGAAAUCAAAAUUUUGGGAACAGGAA